UUGGUGGGAAUGGGACUGCGUGUGUCUGUGUCCCCAGCACAGACGGCCUUCUACAUCAUACUGGUGAUGAUGGGAAUUCUGGGAAACGCCACAGUGGUGGGAGUGAUUGGGAAAAGUGUUAUAAUGGAUCGAGGCGGAGGUCGUAAUUCGGAUAUUAUCAUUAUUAACAUGUCUCUGUCCAACCUGCUGGUGUCAGUCAUGAGGAACACACUACUGAUCAUCUCAGACAUCGGGCUUGAGCUUUUCUCAUCUAAAGAGUGGUGCCAGUUUCUGAUGGGUGUGUGGGUGUGGCUGCGCUCGGUGAACGUGUGGUCAACCCUGUUCCUCAGUGCAUUUCACCUCCAGACUCUGAGGCGAGUCGCUCCUGCCAUGGGUAACAUGAGCGGGCUCCAUGGACCCCCAAAGAUGCUGCUCAUCACCCUGGGAUUCAUCUGGAUCCUUAACUACAUCUACUGCAUCCCAGCGCACAUUUUCUCCACCAAUGGGGAUGUCAACAGCACCGAGACUCUGAUGUUGGUGAGCAGCACAACACGCCCCCUGCUAGGCUGUGUGUGGAAUUUCCCCACCAGAUUUAGUGGUCUUGCAUAUGCCACCACCUCCAUGGUCAUCCACGAAACAAUACCAAUUAUUCUGAUGGCCCUCACCAACCUGGCCUCCCUCUACACCCUGUACACCCACGGCAGGAUGCGCAGCUCGGUGCAUGAUGCUCCCAUGAUAAAGCGGGUCCCAGCUGAGAGAAGGGCGGCCAAGGUCAUCCUCGCUCUCAUUAUGUUGUUUAUUGCUUCCUGGGGAACCAGCAUCAUCUCCGUGAAUUAUUUCAACUACAACCGAGGCUCCUCGUCUGAGUUUCUUCUAGUCAUUGCCCGAUUUGCAAACAUUAUAUUCAUUGCCUUUUCACCUGCUGUUCUGGCAAUUGGUCACCGGAGGCUGCGCUCAUUCAUCAAAUCACUGCUCAAUCACUGA